GCAGAAACCACGAUGCUGUAUACUCAGGCCACAAUCAUCACCCUCGAUCCAACAAGGACGAUUAUCACCGAUGGGGCCAUCCUGAUCCAAGACACCACGAUAGCUGCCAUUGGCAAGACAUCAGACCUGGCCUCAUCUCAUCCCAAUGAAGAGAUUGUGCCUCUCCCUGGGCGCAUCAUAAUUCCUGGCCUAAUCAAUUCACACAUGCAUACUGCGCAGACAAUGCUACGCGGAUGUGCUGAUGACCUGGAGCUUGUCUCCUGGUUGUGUGAACGCAUUUGGCCACUCCAAGGAAACUUCACAGCAGAAGAUGGGCAUGCAGCGGCGAGACUUAGUAUCGCGGAAAUGCUGAAAUCUGGCACAACGUGCUUCCUCGAAAGCAUGUUCGCGGAUCGCUACGGUUUUGAUGGGCUCGCCAAAGCUGUAGAGCAGAGCGGCAUCAGAGGAUGCUUAGGCAGAAUCGUAAUGGAUCAAGGUCGUUACGCGGGUGACGAUGACCGCUGGGCCAUGCAUCCAGGUCUUGUGGAGGACAGAGAAAUGAGUCUUCUUGGCGCCGUGGCCAUGCACGAGAAAUGGAACGGAAAAGCAGAUGGCAGGAUCAAAGUCUGGUUUGGAGCACGCACGCCGGGAGGGGUUUCCGAGGCACUUUACAAGGAGAUGACUACCAUCUCAAAAGCGAAGAGUAUACCAAUCACGAUGCAUUGUGCUGAAGCGCCUGCCGACAAGAUAUUCUUCGAAGGCCAAGGUCACACUGCGAUGUCCUAUUGCGACUCUGUCAACCUUCUCGGUCCGCAGACUGUCCUCGUUCACAUGGUUCAUCUGGAAGACAGCGAUAUCGCCAAACUCGCGGAGACCGGAACGCACAUCGUGCAUUGUCCUAGCAGCAACAGCAAGCUCGCUUCAGGAUUUUGCCGCGUCCCGGAACUAUUGUCCGCAGGCGUCAACGUGACAUUAGGCACAGAUGGUGCACCUUGCAACAAUACCUGCGAUAUGCUGCAAGAAAUGCGACUUGCUGGCAUACUGCACAAAGUCACACACAUGGACCCAACCCUAGUCUCCGCUGAGACUGUGCUUGAGGCCGCGACCAUCAACGGCGCACAGGCCUUGGGGCUUGCGAACGAGAUUGGAAGUCUCGAGGUCGGCAAGAAAGCAGAUUUUGUCGUUCUCGACAUGAGAGCCGUCCAUCUGCAGCCAUGGUUCAACCCGGUAAGUGCUGUAGUGUACUCAGCGACUGGCAGAGAUGUGGAAAGAGUCGUGGUGAAUGGGAAGGAAGUUGUCAACAAUAGGCAACUUUUGACCAUGAACGAAGUCGAAGUCUGGAAAGAGGCAGAGUGGAGGUCGAAAGAGAUUGUUAGAAGAGCAGGCUUACAAUCAGCAAUUGGAGCUAGGUGGCCAGUGCUGUAGUGUUGUCUACGUCCACGGACUUGGCGAAAUGCAGAUGUUUCAGCUCCAGACUUGGAAGACAAGCUUCAAGAUUGUGUGAAGGGGCAUGGACGCGCAGUAUCCAAAGUGAUCCGGACACUGGCGAGGACGUGUCUGCUUGGAGGACAGCUGCUCUGCGAUAUCAAACCCCCUUCGGCCACUUCCAAUUUAUUACCCUUGCUCUGCUGAUGGAAUGGUUUAGCUACAUUGACGUUUGUCUUGGCGAUCGGAUUGAUGCAUGAAAUUAAGCUUGCAGCGAUUCCAAUGUAAGCACCUUGUUAUGGGC